AUGGCCAAGGAAUGUGUAGGUCUCUUAUGGAAUGCAGAGGGCAGUAUAGUAAGCGCGGCGCUGCUGGGCAUCGGCGUGGAGAACCUGGUCACGCUGCUGGUCUUCGGGCUCAUCUUCGCUCUGGGCGUGCUGGGCAACGCGCUGGUCAUCACGGUGCUGGCGCGGAGCCGCGCGGGGCAGCCGCGGAGCACCACCAACAUCUUCAUCCUCAACCUGAGCAUCGCGGACCUGGCCUACCUGCUCUUCUGCGUGCCCUUCCAGGCCACGGUGUACGCGCUGCCCGGCUGGGCGCUGGGCGCCUUCGCCUGCAAGUUCACGCACUACUUCUUCACCGUGUCCAUGCUGGUCAGCAUCUUCACGCUCUCGGCCAUGGCCGUGGACCGCUACGUGGCCAUCGUGCACUCGCGCCGCUCCUCGGCCCUGCGGGUGGCCCGCCACGCGCUGCUGGGCGUGGGGCUCAUCUGGGCGCUGGCGCUGGCCCUGGCCUCGCCCGUGGCCACGCACCAGCGCCUGGUGUACCGCGCCUCCGGCAACCUCACCUUCUGCUGGGAGCAGUGGCCCGACCCGCGCCACCAGAAGCUCUACGCUGUCCUUAAUCAUCUACAUAAAAAGUUGAGAAACACAUCAAAGAAAUCAGAAGCAUCCAAGAAAAAGACAGCUCAAACUGUAUUGGUGGUGGUAGUGGUUUUUGGGAUAUCCUGGCUGCCACAUCAUAUAAUCCACCUCUGGGCUGAAUUUGGAGUUUUCCCACUGACUCAAGCUUCGUUUCUCUUCAGAGUAACAGCGCACUGUCUGGCUUACAGCAAUUCUUCUGUGAAUCCUAUCAUAUACGCGUUCCUCUCUGAAAAUUUUAGGAAGGCCUACAAACAAGUCUUCAAAUGUCAGAUAGGUAAUGAAUCUCCUCUGAAUGAUGUUAAAGAAAAUAAAAGUCGGAUUGAUACACCACCAUCUACCAAUUGUACUCAUGUGUGAAUAAGUAAAGAAAAAAUUCUGUGAUGUUGGGUUUUCAUUUGUGUGGAUUAGACUACUAGAGGACAAAGCACAAUGAGCUUCCCAAAAGAGCUGCAUCUUUCAGCUUCAUCUUGGUAUCGGGGAUUUAAUUUAAUGAAAUUCUGUAUUUAGAAAACCUUGUGAAUUCAUUUUAAAGAUAACUGGGCACAUUCUUAAUCUGCUAGACAUCUUUGUCUAGCACAUGUCAAAUGAAGCUUUCUGUCCUUUGAAAGAUGUUCCAGGAAAAAAUGGGUAAUGGUAUGUCUGUGCUAAUUCAUUUAUUCAUUUAGAUGGGAAG